GACGCUCUGAAGUCAGAAAACACAAGCUAACAAAAGACAUCCAUAAACUCAGCGGAAGACCCAGAUUUGACACUAUUUCCAGCCAUGAAGGUCGUGCUGCUGGCUGUGCUGUUGGUGUUUGCUGUGUGGGCAGAUUCGGCCCAGGCCCAGAAAGCUCUGAGACUCUGUGGCCGUGAGUUUUUUCGGGCUGUUGUCUACACGUGUGGGGGUUCUAGAUGGAGGCGGGUCCAGUCUGAGGACCGCGUCAAUGGUUAUAAAAUGGAGACUGAUACGGAGACCUCUGCAGAAAUGGAUCGAGUAAGAAGAGACACAUACGAAACGCUGCCCUCCACGUGCUGUACAGUCGGCUGUAGAAAAAGUGAUCUUGUUCGCAUGUGCUGAGAAACACAAGAACCUUCAUCAUCCUCUCUCUGCAAAAUGCCUUUAUAUAUUUUUUUUUCUGAGGACUUGAAUUACAUUAAAAAAGAACUCAAAAAGUGAAAAUGGUUUUAAAAUUAACAUUUCAGAAACGUUCAGAUGUUGUUUUCCAUGAAAUUCUUCAAAUGCAAAAACUAAUUUUUUAAAAAUUGUUGUUUAAUAAGGAUACAAUCUAGAAGCAAUAAUUCUAGAUUCCAAAUGUUUUUAUUUGUAUUAAUGUAUACCCAAUAUUGUAUUUUAUGCAAUAGGCUAUAUCCAAUGCGAUACUAUAAAUUAAUAAUAAAAGCAUUUUGAACAAAAACAAAAAAAAAAGAAAAUAUGAAUGUGAAAAUAUGAAAUAUAUGGUUGAUUUGAGUGCUAAUUUGUUGGCAAAUACAUUUUCAGAGGAAUUUUAUUAUAUUCCUACAUGCCACUCAACUUGAGGAUGACAAAAAACUCUUUUGUAGCCUAUUUGUACGGAGCCAAAAGUAGUCAAAUCCAAAAAGUGCAAGUGUCGUAUUCCGGAAGUUACAAUUCGAAUCGCACUUUCUGCAUAGAUUAGAUUUAGAAAUAGAUUUAACAGUAACCUUUAUGAAGAAAGACCAACCAUUAUCUCUAAGGUUGUUAAAGGGACUUUUGCUAACCUCUUACAAUAACAAAGGCAUAUAUUGAUGACGCACACUCACCUAAAGGAUUAUUAGGAGCACCAUACUAAU